UGAUGAGAAGCGCAACCGGGCCAUCACGGCCCGCAGACAGCACCUGAAGAGCGUGAUGCUGCAGAUCGCGGCCACGGAGCUGGAGAAGGAGGAGAGCCGCCGCGAGACAGAGAAGCAGAACUACCUGGCGGAGCACUGCCCCCCGCUGCACAUCCCCGGCUCCACCACGGAGGUGCAGGAGCUCUGCAAACAGCUGCACGCCAAGAUCGACACGGCCGAGGAGGAGAAGUACGACAUGGAGGUGAAGGUGCAGAAGAGCACCAAGGAGCUGGAGGACAUGAACCAGAAGCUGUUCGACCUGAGAGGCAAGUUCAAGCGGCCGCCGCUGAGAAGGGUGCGCAUGUCGGCCGACGCCAUGCUCAAGGCGCUGCUGGGCUCCAAGCACAAGGUGUGCAUGGACCUGCGGGCCAACCUGAAGCAGGUCAAGAAGGAGGACACCGAGAAGGAGCGGGACCUGCGCGACGUGGGAGACUGGAGGAAGAACAUCGAGGAGAAGUCCGGCAUGGAGGGCCGGAAGAAGAUGUUCGAGUCCGAGUCCUAGGCCCCCCGCCCCCCGCCGCGCCCUGCCCGCGGCCAGCAGAGCGAGCUGCGGGAAGGACCGGCUCGUCGUGGCUGUCAAUAAAGACUCGCGGUUCCGC